GCAAAAUUUUCAGAGUGGCAAUUGUGAUAAUUAUCAAAAGCUAAGAGUGGCAAAAAUGAAAUAAAAUUAAUUUGAUUUUGCCACAAAAUGGCAAUUGUGAUAAUUGUCAAAAACAAAGAGUGGCAAAAGUAAAAUGUGAAAAUCUAGAGUGGCAUAAGGAAAAUUGGCAAAAUCUAGAGUGACAAAAACAAAAUUUUCCCCUUCACUAAUUGAUUUGCCUUUGUCCAUCAUCCUCGACUCAUGCGUCUCGGCGCUUGAUUGGCCAUCAUCCAUGUACGCAGUCAUCUGGUUGGAAAGGCAACUUAUCACAUCUGAUCCCACAAAAUGGUCACCCUCAUCAUCUGUCAACUGGCCAUCAUCAGCGGUAUGGUCAGUCAAAUCUGUUAUAGAUACAUCCACCUCUUCCUCAGGCAAGUCAAGCAUGGAGACACAUGUGUCGAGGAUGUUGGAUAUGAUGGUGCUGGUUUCUGAUGAUAAGAGUGAGUCGGACGGUAUGACCAACUUGUGCAAAUAUUACAAGAUCCUUGAAUUUGAGGAUGAGAAGGUGUUGGGCAAGAUGACUGCUGAGAAUUUAAGGAUGUAUUACAAAUUUCGUACGGAGCUAUUAAAGAUGGAAGCCAGCUUAUGCGAGUUCCGGGAGCAGAAUGAAAAGGAUGACCUGAGGUGGGAGCAGGAUAAAAAGGACGCACUGAGCUGUUGCAGAACAGACCCGACCCCCUUCUCACUUCAGGACGCAGUAGGGGAGGAGGGGGAGGAGGAGGAGGUGACAGAAUUCACAGAAUCAGACAAAGAGGAGAUGGAGAUGGAGGACAGGUUGUUUUCUGGAAAACGUGAAGUCUGGGAAUCCGCAUGGGGAUGCUAUGGUGAAUUUGAAGACAGUACCGCAGUGAGUCCUAUGCACUUUACACAUUGCACGCCGGGACUGAUCCCGUACGCCGCUCGCUCUGUGAGCACCUUGCAGAUCUACUCCUUGAAGAUUGUUGGAACAGAUGGAAAGUUGAAGUUACCACUCCAUGUGUAUGGUGUUGUUGCUGCCCGAGACACCGUGGACUGCAACCGCAACAUUCUCUUCUUUAGGCGAAGGGAAGACUGUCAAAAACUCACUCCAGAGGAUCCAUUUUUGCACUUGACUGGCCCGUCCCGUGCCAUCGUGGCUGUGGACCAUGUUGACUUCGAAGUCCAACUGAAAGUAAAGGGUGCAACAAGGUACAGCGACAAAGCAUUGAUCAGUCAUUGCUGCACUUAUUCUGGUGGUUAUCAUGAAGGUUUAGAUACCGCUCUCAUCAGCAACUACUUUUGCACGGUAGAGUUAAGCUUGGAGCGACUCACAAAGACAGUCCAGGCUACCAUCUUAAGUGUCCGUGUUGUUGAAGGGGGACCUUGGCCUUUUGAAUAUGGUGGUCGGAUUGUGUGCUCCUCACCACCACAGGAAGUUAUGGACUCCCUGGCCAGGCAAGUUGUGUUGGUUGAUUCUCGUUCUUCUGAUGGUGGAGAAAUGCCAAUGGGCACAGAUGGCUACCUUGAUCUGUCAAGGCAUGUUGUUUCUGUAGAACUGGAAGAAAGCCUGCAAUUUGUUAUACAAGCCUACUCGCAGUCUGGUGAUGCUAUUGCUAGACAAGGUCAUGUCAAGUUCAGGGCCGAAUAUUGCAAUGUAAGUCGAGGUAUAUGUGAGAUUGGUGACUCUAAGGUGGAGAUUACUGUUGCUUGGUCCAAACUUGUUACCAAAAGGAUGGAUAUCCUCUUAGAAGGACAUGUUUGAUGGUUCUUGUGCAUUGGAGGUUAUGGACUACAGAACCCGUUACCCAAAUUUAUCUGUUUGUCCCUUGCAUGUGGUUUGUGAAACUGCAGAACUAUUUUUGUAUUGAUAUGUCCAACUAUUUGUGUUUCUGAC